AGAAUCCUGUUGAUUGUAAAAAAGCGAAAUAUGUUAUAGCUACACUUGAUCGACCAUGUGCAUUCGGUUGUAAUACGCAUCAUUUAAUGCAUUGUUUUCAAAUGGCUUAUGCAACAGGUCGUACAUUAUUAUUAUCAUCUACAAUCGGUUAUUCUGAUCUCUAUACAAAGUGGUGGAUCGAUAAUUUUCUUCCAUUAUCUGAUAAAUGUACUGUGAAUGAUAUACCAUCGAAAAUAUAUUACAGCUCUAUUGAUCAGAAAGUAUUGGAUACACAACAAGCUGUCGGUUGUCCAUAUAUAGUGGAUAUCAGUUCUUCAUUCCCAUGGAUUCCACCAGCUGUACCAAAUCAUAUCAGUGAAGAAUUAUCCCAGUUACACGGUGCACCAUUUAUAUGGUUUGCUGGUCAACUGGCUAGUUAUUUAAUGCGUCCAAAAUUUGAUAUAAGCAAUGAAAUGAAAAUAUUUAACAAUCGUUCUGAAUCACCUGUUGUUGGCAUACAUGUUCGUCGGACUGAUAAGAUCAAUACAGAAGCAUCAUUUCACAGUUUAGAACAAUACAUGAAAGAAGUUGAACGUUAUUUUCAAUUUAUAGACGCCAGACGUCAAAUGAUGUCUAGAACUGAAGAAUGGAUAGACGAUAUCAAGUCACCAUUUCACCAACGGGUUUAUCGUCAAUUGAAACCGGUUGAACGACGUGUUUACAUUGCUACAGAUGAUCCGAGUGUUUUUGAUGAAGCGAAAUUAAAAUAUAAAAAUUAUACAUUUUAUGGUGAUCGUAGACGUGCGAAUUCAGCUGCUGUGUUUAAACGACAUACUGAUGAUUCUGUUAUGGGUGUUGUAAUGGAUAUUUUAAUCUUAUCCAAAACUGAUUAUAUUGUGUGUACAUUUUCUUCACAGGUAUGUCGAUUAGCCUAUGAAUUAAUGCAAUCGAAUUAUAUUGAAUUGGGUGAUGCAAGUCAACAAUUUCAUUCACUUGACGAUAUUUAUUAUUUCGGUGGACAACAAUCUGCACCGCAUGAAGUAAUUAUACCAGAUGGAAAAAAUAAUUUAAAUCCUGGCGAUUUAGUUCACUAUCGUGGAAAUCAUUGGGAUGGUUAUGCUCAAGUUGAAAAAGUAUCUACAUCAAAGAAAAUCAUAGCACCAGCAUUUAAAUUUUAUCCAAAGUUAUUAACUGCGAAUAUGACUGGUGCACAUUGAAUUUAUUGUAUUUUAUAUUAUUUACUUUUUUUACCAAUGGUGUGGUAGUCAGUCAAUCUUAUCUGCCUGCCUGCCUCUCCUAGCCACUGGCAUAUCCUCUUCAUUUCACUCGGCGGCGUCCUAAGUCGAUGAUCAUUAUCAUCAUCAUCAUCACCUUGAAACUUUUGGAUCUAUUCUUACUUACUUACCUACUUACUUCUUCUCUCUCUCCUUGUUGUUGUUGUGACAAUGUCAAAGUGACACUUAUUUCAUAUUCCACACCUUUUCAACCUCACUCUUUCUAUGUCUUCAUACUCAACGGGGAAAGUAAAGAGAGAGAUAUCCUGUAUCUGCACACCUGCAUCAGUGCAAUUAUAUAUAUAUAUAUAUAUUUCUUGCAUUCUUUAUCUUUUUUUAUAAAUACUAUAUUAUGUAUUUUUGAAUAUGUAGAGUGUAGUCAUCAAAAUGUGUGUUCAUUUUGCGUGUAUGUGUUUGUGUGUGUGCGUGUGUGUGUAGGGGGGUGGGUGGCGAAAUAGCUUAACUGAGUCAAAAGCAUCGCUGAAUAAAUUCCACUCCACUUAGUCUUUCUUCUUUACUAACUUUUAAGCCACCCUGGCAAUGCAGCUGGUUGGUUGGGUCAUAGUGGUAUCAUCAUCAUUAUCAUUAUCAUCAGAUUUCGUACAAUCCGUGUGUUGUUGCUGUUCAUAAACGCGGAUACCACUGGGUAACGCAGUUCCACUAACUGUCUAUCUAUCUAUCUAUCCAUCUAUCUACUUACCUAUCUAUCUGACUAAAUUAUCUUUACUACGCCUUCUUUAUGGUGUCAUUUGGUUUUGUAUUUAUCCGAUAUAAUAUAAUAAUAAUUAUUAUUUUUAUUAUGAUUCUUUAUUCAAGUAAGUUUUUUUUAUGUAAAGAUUUGAUUGUUUAAAUGCUAGUCUGUCCUUUGAUUUAUAUAAUAAUAAUAAUAAUAAUUUGCUUUAUUCCAAAACAGUACUUGUGUUAUACAGAAUGGAAUUCUCAGCAUUUUUUUCUACUACAUUAUUGCAUCCAGUUAGUACAUUAUCAAUAAAUAGAAUUCUACAUAGAUUAAG